UUGUGCUAAAGUCCACAGCAUAUUGAAUAUCACACCCAAGCAAUUAAAAAAACUGAACGCAAUUCCUGAUUGCUAAUCGCGCUUUCAAAGAAAAGGGAUCUAGCAAAGCAGACCGGGGAAAACCUUCCAGGAGUGAAUCGGAAAGGGGCAUACGUCCAGGAACGAUUUCAUCAUUUUAUAAGAAUUCUCCAUUUCAUAUGAUGUGACCUGUAAUCUGGAAUCCACCUCAGUUUUUUGACAGAGUACUGCAGUAAACUACAAAACAUCUCAAUAUAGCAUGUCAUGAAGUUACAUUUUAUGAGUUAACAUCAGAGAGGACCCAAGGGCAUAACUUCAUUGACAACCCCUUGCACUGUAACACUUGAAGCAACAGUAACCUAUAAAAAUGGUUAAAAAGAGCGUGAAAACACUCUACGUGGUAGCAAGCUUCUCUUCUCUGACCAUCCUGGCCUUCUCGUUAACAUCGCUCCUCUCACCAAACUGGUCCGAGUGUACAGCCAUAAGGAAUACCACGGGCGCCCCCGACAGUGUCAACGAUCCACCGAACGACCCUUUCUCAGGUCUUGUCACGUUCGGGGUCAUAUACGGACACAAACAAUUCAACUAUGGAUUCGGAGCACGAGAUAGAGAAACUUUCAUAGUGUUCCAGGAGUAUGACGGGGUAUUCAACACGAGUUACGUCAUCGUGUGUUUGGUCUUCAUGAUAAUUAUCGUGAUCUUCGCCUGUUUUUCCCUGGUCUAUGGUGUCAUCAACGCCCGAAUGGUUCCAAUAGAAAUGAUAAAUGGACGACCAGGACUCUACUUAUGGAAUGGCAUAGGAUUGUUAUCCGGCGCCAUUUCGACAAUCAUCUACGCUGUCCUCUACGCCAACGAAAUACAAUACGAAGCCCUGAGUCAGGAAGCCCGUGAUGACAUGUACAACACCCAUCGGGUCAUCCUGGGGUACUCCUUUUGGUUUCUCGUGGUCAUCGACGUCCUAUUCCUCGUCAAUCUCGUCCUCGUUUACACAACCCAGCUCAUCGAUGAUCCGCCAAAGUUUCUCAAUCGGCAUCGUACUGCAGACGCCAAACCUGCACCAUCCCUCGAACUUAGAGAAGGGAUCAUGUUCUAAUCCAUGUCCGGACAACUGCCUCCGGAGUAAAUCAUCCCGGACAAUCAUUCCGGACAAUCAUCCCGGACAACUUGUUUUCGGACAACAAUUAGCUUUAGACAAUUAAGGUCUUAUCUGGAGGAUAGCUGUCCGAAAACAAGUUUUGUGGGGCGCUAGUCUUGACAUGUAUAUGCAUUUUUGUUGAUGUCGAUAUAUUAACAUGUAUAUCAACAAUUAUGUUUGUCAUUAUAUUGAGGGAUCCAUAUUUUACAAGCUUUGCUUUUCAGUGGAUCCCUCCUUUUCCACUCGAACUCAGAGAAGGGAUCAUGUUCUAAUCCAUGUCCGGCCGGACAACUGCAUCCGGAGUAAAUCAUCCCGGACAACUUGUUUUCAGACAAUAAUUAGCUCCAGACAACUAAGGUCUGGAUGAUAACUGUCCGAAAACAAGUUAAGCGGGGUGAUAGUCUUGACAUGUAUAUAUAUUUUUGUUCAUGUCAAUAUAUUUACAUGUAUAUCAACAAUUAUGUUUGUCAUUAUUUUGAGGGAUCCACAUUUUACAAGCUUUGCUUUUCAGUGGAUCCCUAUAUUUCCACAGGUUUAUAUCUUAAACAAACUUCUAACAAAAACAUUAUACUGGAUAUUUAUGUACACUUUCUAUUUCUUAACUGUAAAUCAUGUAAAAUGUAUUAUAUCAUUGAAUAUUGAAUUGU